AUGUGGUGGAGCCAUGUCACGUGCGCCAAGCCCGACAACGAUCCUCGCCCACUUUCCUUUCGGGCCGUCUCCACAACACUCUGCGCAACUUCCUCCCUUACACGCACCGACGACUCUCUCCCAUCAUCCACCCCCGAGUCCCUUCUCCAGCAGCACCUCGAUCCCUUCCUCAUCUCGAAACUCUUCAUUGAAUUCAUUGAAGCGGAAGCUGCGCCUGCGUGUAGUGCCCUCUGA